AUGGAGCUACAACAGCACUCUGGCAACUUCUGUAGACGUAUGGAGCUACAAAGGCACUUUUGCACUCGUGUGAGAUAUGGAGCUACAACGCCAUUCUGGCACCUGUGUGGACGUAUGCAGCUACAAAGGCACUUUUGCACUCGUGUGGACGUAUGGAGCUACAAUGGCACUGGCAUUUUGUGUGAACCGUGCCCGGCGCUGAGAACGAAUGCUGACAUUGUUUCACGGACCCAGAGGGCAGUGACUUACAGAUGUUCCCGAACAGUCGAGGUCUUGGAAGGGAGUAAGACGCUGUUUUGCACAAACGGAACUUGGAGCGGUCCUCCGCCAACAUGUAAAGAUAUCGGAGGACUCUCAGAAAGGGACAUCACUAUUAUAUUCGGCAUCGUAGGUGGCGCUGCGGGUCUGGCGGCCAUCGGGAUAUUCAUCGGGCUUCUUUUUAUGGCGUGCUACAGGAAAGACCGGGCUAAUCGAUACAAAAGCGAUAUCAUGGCAAUGAACAUCAGGAACGGGGGAGCCGGUUUAGACGAGGACAUAUACUACCCGCCAGGUUACGCAAACCCUGGAUUUGGAUACGAUAGAAAUAUACAACCAGAAUUAGGCCUACAACCUGUUCCAGACAUGCGUCAUGCCAUAAUUUACGACCCGGAAACGAUGUCAAAACGGGAAAUCUCGUGGCAAUAUCGUCUAGAUGGCUCACAGAUGAGCAUUCCACGACCUGUUAUAGGACGGGCGGCUAUAUAUUCUAGAGGAGAAAGCAGUACGGAUUGGGAAUACGGAUCGCAUCCAGAUGCUGAUCAAUCAAGGGAGACUACUCAGUUCACCAUGUGA